AUGAAACAAGUAAAGAUACCUUUACGUCAUGGAAAAAUACAACAAUUGGCAUAUCCGUGGGAAGUUCUAACAGGCUACCUUCCACCACAUAUAUUCGCACAUCGACUUAAACACCUAAACGACGUGCUCAAACAUUCCACUUCACAGUUUCUCAAUCAAAAAUACUACUCAUCCUCAAUCAACAGUUCAAAAUUUCUAUUCACCACGACGACGGCGACGAAAACAGCGCUAAUAUCAAAAUGUAGUCCAUUUCUUCUUCCGAUCUUACUCACAGCAUUCUCCUUACUCAUGAUUUUUCCUUACUUCAUACGAAACAUGCAAUACUUGAAGAAAGAAUGGGAUGUCGUUGGAUUGGAAAACAUGAAGAGGAGAAAUGAUUUUACAAGAGUUCAGGACGCGGUGCUUGCUUGGGUGAUUGGAAUGUUGGUGGUGUUGUUGAUUUUGAGUCUUUUUUGGAUUAGAGGAUGGAGUAUCUGGCAAAAGAAAAAGAUUUCAGCAAUUAUUAAUAAUCAACUAGCGGUAUAUAAUCGACAUGAUAAUACGUACGGAAUCAAUUGGAAAUUCAUAACUGAAUACAAUGAGGAUUUCGUCAUUAUUGAACAAUUGAAAUUUGCAACCGAAAUAAAAUCACAGCGGAAAUUGAGCACCAUUUCAGAAAAAUCUCAUCUUUCUAUGAAACCAGCACUUCGUACAGCCACAGCACCAAAUAACGGUGGUAUAUUGAGUGGUGGAUGUACCGAUGAGAAACGCGUCACUUUGGUAUAUCAGAAAUUUGUUUAA